AUGGAGGCCUAUGGCGCAGCGCCGCUGCACUCGAAGCCAGUGCCAGGGAGAUGGCGACUGAACCGAGUAGCAAUGCUGGAGGCGGUGAUCGUCCCAUGGGCCAUCUUUCUUUGCGUCUCCUGGCUCCUGACUUUCUCUAUCCAUUACAAGCACACGGUCCCCGUGCUGGUUCUGGUCGCUGCCUGCUUACUUGUCCCGCUGGGCAUGUGGUACAGAGUUUGGCACCAGCAGCAAGACUCCAGAGACAUCUCGCACAGAGAGCCAAACUGGUUCUUCUUCCUGGCCAUCGUAUCUUCCGUAGCCUGGCUUGCCGGCGUAGUUGUUGGACUCUACACAUGGUCUGCUUACAUGCAGCCGUACUUCGAGGCAGAGAGCCUUGCGAUGGUCACCAACGUAGACACCAGAAGAGCAUCAGGCGGGCAAUUUCUCGACAUGGGCGCCCUUGAGUUUGCUCCCCGCACCGACGUCAACGAGAGCCUGACCAUGGGUUACAAGGACGGCAAUCUCUACUGCGUCGCUCCCAUCGUCACAUCAGGUGGGGUCAACGCCACGGCCCCCGCCUUCUUCGAUUUCUGGGCGGUGGGUGUCAACUGCUGCGACCCCUUCGAGCCCAAGCUUUUUGCUUGUGGCGAACCGAACGAUGAUCAGGUUCGUGGUGGAUUCCGGCUUACGGACACGUCGCUAGUUCCACAAUACAGGAAGGCCAUCCAAAUGGCACAGGAGGAGUAUCACAUCAGGAGCGGCGCAAACCCGAUCUUUCUCCAUUGGACUGGUGAUCCCUUGAAGAAGACCGAGCAGCAGUUCCGGGACGGAGAGGCGGCAUUCUGGAAGUUUUGCUGGGUCUACUUGGCCGUGUCGGCCGUCCUAGCGUUGAUCGAAGUUGCUGCUCAGAAGUUCAGCUGA